AUGAUGACUGAUGAGCCGAUGACCAAACGACGUCGGGUUGAUGAGGGGAGCUCGGUGGCGGAUGCCCGUAAUGGCGGCAACGUUUUCUCCCCAGCCAGCGAAGUGCAUGGCAUAGGCUAUGGCUACGAAAACACAGAUCCGUUCUUGUCGCCAGCCACCGCCUCAAGCUGGCCAUUCGACGAGUUUGCUCAUGACCCAGACUAUCUGGCCUCACAGGAAGCGCUACGUUCGCUUAUGUUCGAUACUGCACGCUCUGCUGCGCCUACCAGAGUGGGAUCGCCCGUGCAUGGUGAUGACAUGACUGGUGGAGUGAAUUUCAAGCAUGUCCUGGCCAAUGGAGGACGUAUUCAGUAUUUGAAGAACUACAUAUCACAAGUAGCUCCUUGGCUUGAUAUGUUCGAUAGCCAGCGGACAUUUGGAGUACAGUUGCCAGCUCUCGCAAAAGAAUCGCCACCUCUACUGUAUGCUAUUCUCGCAAUCGGAGCCCGUCAGCUUGAGCGGAAGGACAAGAUCCAGUCGUCAUUCGAUAGCCUCGAGUUGUAUCAAGAGGCCAUCCGACUACUGACACCCUUGCUGCAGGCACGAGAUGUCCAUGUGAUUGCAGCUUGUGUAAUCUUGUGCUGCCUUGAGAUGUUCUCGGCUAGUGCGCAAGACUGGCGCCGUCAUCUGGAGGGCUGCGCAGCGGUGUUUGAGGCUUUCGGUGUCAACGGCUUCAGCAGUGAUGUUCUGCAGGCCGUUUUUUGGUGCUAUGCACGUAUGGAUGUCUGCGGAGCCCUUAUCUCUGACGGCACAGAAAAUACGCUACUUAGACCUUCAGCAUGGCUGCCACAUGACAUGACGGACGAAGACGCGGAUGCGCUCUUUCGUAGCUCGACGGUCCCAGACAUGUACGCCAACUACGCAGUCUACCUCUGUGCUAAGACCUGCGAACUGAUCUCUGAUCGCAACAAACACACAGAGCUGGGUGCCGAGAAUGGGUGUGAUGCGCAACAGUUCCUGGCACGCUGGUCUCGACUGUGGGAUCAACUAGCUAAUUGGUCACUCCAUCGUCCGCCUGAGAUGCAAGCCGUCGAAAGCAGCAACACGACACCGUUUCCGCACAUAUUCUUCGCCCAUUGGGCCGCAAUAUCGUCAAACCAGCUCUAUCACACCUCAUGUGUCUUACUGCUCAACGCCAAUCCAAGACAAAAAGCCUCGUUGCCUCAGACACCCACGACGUCCAUCAUGUGGCACGUGAAGCGCAUAUGUGGAAUUAGUCUGGCAAAUCCGCACGAAGGCUGUUUGAACAACGCCAUACAGCCACUCUGGAUUGCAGGGCGCUUUCUGAGCCAUUCUUCAGAGCAGGCCCUGGUUGUCAAGACCAUUCGACGCAUUGAGAUCCUUACUGGCUGGACUGCGACUUGGCGCAUUCGCGACUUGGAAAGUACAUGGGGCUACAAGAUCCGCGGCGCAGUGUGA